ACCAAGUGUUACUUUGCCCUUACCAGCUCAGCUAAUGGUUCAACUAUUCAGGAUAUGACAUGACGUCAGAGCAAGAACACACCUUACCGACAUGUCAGGUAAAAAGUUGAGCAACGCCUUCACAGUUUACCUGUCGCCGUCUUCUGAAUGGGCUUGCGGGGGAGCAAACAAGCCGAGAUCCGGGUCCUGCUCCUCGGUCUGGACAACGCGGGCAAGUCGACCCUCCUGUACAAACUGAAGCACAAGUCGGCCUUCAGCACCGUGCCCACCGUGGGCUUCAACGUGGAAAUGCUGGACGUGAAGCGGCAGCGCAAGAACAUCGCCCUGACCGUGUGGGACGUGGGCGGCCAGGCGGAGAUGCGCCGCCACUGGGGGGGCUACCACCAGGACACCGCGGCCGUGGUCUUCGUGGUGGACAGCACGGACCGCCAGCGCCUGGACGAGGCGCGCAAGGAGCUGGAGAAGACGCUGAGGAGCGAACAUCUGAGGGAGCGUCCGCUCCUCGUCCUCGCCAACAAGCAGGACGCCGCCGGCGCCAUGACAGUCACCGAGCUCAAAGACGCCUUCAACCUGAGGAGGAUCUGCGGGGAUCGGGAAUGGUUCGUCCAGGCCUGCUCGGCCGCGACGGGAGGCGGACUGGAAGAGGCCCUCAGGCGGGUCAGUCACAUGGUCAAACUGCCGUCAGACUCUGCGGCCGCCGUCAAAGAAAACAUCAAAGGCACCGUCAAUUACAUCCGAGCCAAGUCUGUACGUUGACUGGGGACCAUGACGUCAUCACCAUUGAUCAAACAGUCGUUUAUUUAUCCCGCCAUUAAACUGCUCUGACCAAAUAUAACAACUACAGCGUGGCUCGGGGACAACUUGCAGACUGUUAAGUGUUCUCCAAAUACAACAAAACUGCACUGUGACAAGAUUUAAAGAGCAAACAUGUAAAUUGUGACUAUCUAACCCAGGGGUAGGGAACCUAUGGCUCUCGAGCCAGAUGACUGCAUCUGGCUCUCUCAUAAAUCUUAGCUGACAUUGCUUAAACACGAUAAGUAAUGAAUAAUUCCGCUGGUAAUCAGUGUCAAAAUCUAAAACAUUCUCAUGCAUUUUAAUCCAUCCAUCCGUUUUUUUACCGCACCUGUUGAAAAAGUUGCAUUAAUGGUGAGAAGUAUUUUAUUUAUUAUUGGUUAGCUUCAGAAUAACAAUGUUAUUAAGAAUAAUAAGACACUCUAAAAAAUGUUGGUCUUACUUAAAAAUGCACACAUUUAGUUGUAUUCAGUGUUAAAAAAUAUUAUAUGGCUCUCACGGAAAUAUUUUUUUUAAAUAUUUGGCUUUCAUGGCUCUCUCAGCCAAAAAGGUUCCCGACCCCUGAUCUAACCUGUUGGAAAAUUGUAAAACAGUCCCUGAAUCUCUCAUUUUUGACCAUUACACGAGUGUCGUACGCCUCAACUAAAUUACUUUCAACUCUCUUUAGAACUGUUUGAAACACUUUGUAAAUACUACUAAAAAAUCCCUUUGAAAAA